UUAUAUCCGGUUUUAAGUCCUACCUAUAAAUCACGCAGUGAGGAUUACAAGAAAAUUUUCAAAGAAAUACCAAAUGAUGAACGGUUAAUUGUAGAUUAUUCUUGUGCGCUUCAAAAAGACAUACUUGUGCAUGGUCGCAUGUUCAUUUCUCAGAACUGGGUCUGCUUCUAUGCAAACAUAUUUAGAUGGGAAACUGUGUUAACUAUUCCAUGCAAGGAAAUAUGUGCUAUUACCAAAGAGAAAACUGCCCGAGUGAUACCAAAUGCUAUACAAAUUGCUACAGAAAAAGACAAAUAUUUUUUCACCUCUUUUGGGACUCGAGACAAAACUUUUAUGAUGUUGUUCAGGAUUUGGCAAAAUGCCCUGAUGGAUCAGCCAAUGACACCGCAAGAGCAAUGGCAUUGGGUUUACAUCAGCUACGGAGAAGAACUUGGAUUAACUUCUAGUGAUGAUGAUUAUGUUCCUCCUCCUGGUCUUGAUUAUUUGAGAGAUCGACAUAUUACCAAAGAAGAUGGCAGUAUAGCUGGAAAGGACUGUCCAACUGAUUCCUCCGAUCAGCUGUGGUUCAAACAGAAUCCAUUACAAAUGAUUGAUGAUACUGAUCUCGUUGCUACUGAUGAUGCCUUUGAGCCUUCCCAGGAUCCCAUUGUUAAUGGGGAUGAACCAUUAACAGAUUUUGGAGAUACCACAGAAGAGAGUGAUGACGGUGAAGGUCUACCAUCUUGUUGUAACCCUGUUAAAUGCCCUUCAGAGGAAACAGGAAAAAUUAUCUGUACUGGACAUGAACAUUUUUCUAAGACUUACAUGAAUGAAGUCUUCAGUAUUCCAGUGGACAAGAUGUUUGAAUAUCUCUUCACAGAUUCUCCAUUUUUCAGGCAUUUUGCUGAAGUCAGGAAAACUUAUGAACUUGUCCUUCCUCCUUGGCCAGAAGAACCUGAUGCUGAUGGAAACCGAGAGCGUACAAUAACAUAUACUCUGGCACUGGGAGCAUCUCUGGAGCCAAAGAACUCAACAGCUACUGAGAAUCAGGUGUGUUACAAACAGAGUCAACCUGGAAUGUUGUAUGUCAUCGACACUUCUACCACAAUGGCUUCUGUACCUUACACUGAAUCAUUUUAUGUUGAGCACCGGUAUUGCAUCACUAGAGCGUCUUAUACCAAAUGUAGACUCAAAGUAACAAGUGAUGUACGUUAUAGAAAAACAUUGUGGCGCAUUGUAAAAAAUAUAAUUGAGAAAAAUGCUGCUCAUGGUUGUUCAGAAUAUUUUCAUUCAUUAGCUUGUGAAUUGCAAGCAGAAUCUGAAAAAUUGGAACAGAACCAUUCAGGUAGUCAUUCUGUAUCAAAGAAAAAAGUACGCAAACGUCGUCGGCAAAUAGGUAGUACAUCUGAAACACCAGUACAACGACCAGGUGCCGAUUCUAAGUCAAAGGCAAAAUCAGUCACUCCUUCCUCACCUUCAAAAAGUCAGUUAUCAAAUGAUGAAAAGAUUAUUAAACUCAAUGCUGACACAAUGAUCAGAUUAGUUUGUUUUGUAUUGGUACUGCUUGUCAUGUUUAAUGCAGUAUUGUUUUAACUAUGGUCUUUAGAAAGUUAUGCCAACACAAUAUAUUUACCAUACUUAAAGAAUGGUCUUCAAAAUAAAGAUAAUUACCCACAGAAUCAGGAAGAGUGGGCUGAGCUGUUAAAACAACAAGUAUUACAUGAAAGUGAACUAGAACGAUGGAGAGAAAUUCUAUCAGCGGCUGUUAUAUUAGUAGAUCAAGUUAAAUUAUCAUUAUCCCAACUGCAGGAAACAUUACAACAUCGGCACCAGAGUAGAUGAUGACAAGAACGACUAGGGGUGGGGAGGAGAUACUGCUUUCUGCAUUGCCGUUGACCAUUUCAACUCAUACAUCACAUCAGGUCUAAGUAAGACUCUGCUGGACAUCCUCUCAUGAAUUUCACUGAAACAACCAAAGGAAUAUUUUAUGUGCUUGUUUCUUCACUCCUUCCUCUCUCCUGCUUCUGACAUCCAGUCUCUUUAUUUAAAGUUGAGGAGAAUUACAAAACAAAAUCAUAAAUUCUUUUUUUUUUCCUUUUUUUUUUUUUUUUUCUUCUUUACAUCUCCUUCCUUGGUCUUGAAAUUAUUUGCUGAAAACAGUUACUUCUGACCUGACUUGAAAAAAUAUAUAUAUAUAAAACUUACUGUGACCAGGACUUAGACACAACUUGGCAUACAAUCCUAAGUGAAGAAUCACUCUUUAUCUUUGAAAUUAGACUUAUGGUAAAAAGGGUUUUGGGGUUUCUAGGGACAACAGCAACUACCAUCAAUCUUGGAUUUAAACAUUUAUAGCAGACUUGCUUUUCUAAAUUUAAACUAAAAUGAAAAAGAAAACUUUCAAAAUGAAGGAAAACAUGUUAUUUUAGUUUAUUAUUAAAAUCCUAAUUAUUUAUUGAAAAAUUAUAAACCAGAAUCAAAAUAUUAAAUUUUUAUUUCAUAUACUUAUAUGUAUGCAUAUAUAAUUUGGAAAUGUCAGUCGUCCUGUCUCUCACAUUUCCCUCUCUCUCAGUAUUCUACCUCCAUAUCAUUCUUACUGUUUCAUCAUUCACAUUUUUUAAGUUAAUUUAGUGACCAUUUUUUUAAACAUUAUUAUUAAUAAUUCUGCUACUAAUAAUAAUAACAACAACAGUAAUAAUAUACUAGUUUUUCUAAUUAGUGUAGCAGACCUUCUCAAAAAUAAAUGAGACAAGAUUAGUCAAUAAUGUAACUUUCAGACCACCCAUACAUAUCUACACAACUCUAACCCUGCCCCCCCCCCACUCCAGACUUUGAUUUCUUGUUAUCUCUCAAAGUAGUUUCCAUUAAAUGAAAAUGAAAUUUUU